GAGCGGAAGGUUGUAAUAUGGCUGCGCCCAUGAACAGCGAGACUCCAGUGUCUUUGCGGUUCCCGGUGAAAGUCUCGUGUGCCCAUGGAUCGGGGGGAUUUUUUGGCCUCCCUGACGGCUGGAGGACUAGCUGGAAUGUGUGUUGACCUGGUGUUAUUCCCUUUGGAUACAGUCAAAACCCGAUUGCAAAGUCCCCAAGGAUUUAAGAAGGCUGGUGGCUUCCAUGGCAUUUAUGCUGGUGUUCCUUCGACGGCUGUAGGGUCUUUUCCAAAUGCUGCUGCCUUUUUUGUCACGUACGAGUGUAUGAAAACCGUGCUCCACACAGAUGCGUCUCCAUAUUUCGGUCCGGUAACACACAUGCUGGCUGCCUCAUUAGGAGAAGUAGUUGCGUGUUUAAUACGGGUUCCAUCUGAAGUUGUGAAACAAAGAGCUCAAGUUUCUCCCACUUCUAGUACCUUACGGAUCCUUUCCAACACUGUAUGUGAAGAGGGUAUUCUUGGACUUUAUCGAGGUUAUAAAAGUACGGUUUUAAGAGAGAUUCCUUUCUCUGUAGUACAGUUUCCUCUUUGGGAGUCCUUAAAGGAUCUCUGGUCAUGGAAGCAAGGACACGUGGUCGAUUCUUGGCAGUCAGCAGUCUGUGGAGCUUUUGCAGGUGGAUUUGCAGCUGCAGUCACCACCCCUCUGGAUGUAGCCAAGACGAGAAUUAUGCUGGCAAAGACUGGCUCUAAAACUGCAACCGGGAAUGUACUGCCAGCUCUCUAUGGAGUGUGGAGAACCCAAGGGGUACCUGGGCUGUUUGCAGGCGUUGUCCCUCGGAUGUCGGCCAUCAGUCUUGGAGGCUUCAUUUUCCUGGGGACAUAUGACAAGAUACGCCGUUUGCUCUUGUGAGCUGUCCCUGGGGCUCUGGAUGAACUGCUGAGGAAUGGGGUUUUUCCUUCACCCCUCCCCAAGAAGACACACAUUCACAAAGAUCCUCUUUUGCUUUCCCACAAUUCCUCCCCCGCCCCUAGCCUCCUGUGGCUCAGCAGCUGUUCAACAGCCUGGACUUUAUUCUCACUGUUCACAAAAAAAGGAAAAAGAAAAGAAAUAUGAAUUUCCCUGUAUGGAAACCCCUGUGCUAGCAAUGAGCUCACUGGAAAGAGCGUGCCAAGAAAGGCAAUAUUUGGGGGGCAAACAACCCAUUUUAUGGAAUCCAGCCUUGUGCCUGAAAGGCAUUAUUAUUAUUAUUAGAACUCAUUUAGGGAGAAGGAUGUGCAAGCAAAAAGGACACAGCAGGCAUGACAUGGCCUUUUAUUUUGUGACAACUCGAUAUUGGCGCUCAGGAAGACCGGACACCAGUGCAGGCCUGCUGCGCUCCGAAAAAGACCCAGACGGAAGAGACGGUGGAUCUUCUUCUCUCUUGAUAUAUGGAAAAGGGGGAGGGGGGGGAGCCAUUUGUUUCUUGUUUGAACCCCGUUUGGAAAGUUUAGACCACUGUUCAUACCUGCAGGUGCAUAGCAAGCAUUCUUGCUUGGAUAAGCAAGGCUGCCUUUUUUAAUUAGACUCAGAUUUCUCCAGUAAAAGUACAAUGUUGUAUUAUUUUACUGUCUAACAAUGUUGCCUAUGAAAAAGAAACAA